AUUGACCUGUUCUUACUAUCCUCGUAAACUUUCAUUCAUUCAUUCGCACGUGCCGCUAGUUAGCGGCCGAUAGUUGUCUUUGGGGAUUUCGAGAUGCAUAAUGAACAUUUCGUGAGCAUCACAGAGCAUCGCGCAAGGAAAAAUAUCGUCUUGUUGUAAAAAAAUUGUUUGCUUUGCUGAUUUUAUACUGGAAAAUAUCUUACGAAUGGAAUCCAAGAUAGAUUUUUUAGAAAAGUUUUUCAAAUAUUCGUUGUUGGACACUAAUACUUUGAGAUAAUAUGUAAUGCCACAUAUAUUGUAUUACUAAAUAGAAACUAAACAACUCUCGUUUUUUAGUCUACAUCGGCAGCGAUGCAAAGUAAAUUUGAACGAAUGUGUAACGAAAUUCUUUCGUAUGAACCUUUCAAAGAAGAAUGCAUGGCUCCAAAAUCUGUGUGUCUUUGACACCUAGGACUUGUUAAUGAUAUCCCUUCGGCCACGAAAGGAACCGAAAGAAACUGAAACGAAGUCGUUCUCUUUGAAAAGAAGCAACCGUUUGGUUUGGUUUACGUUUUUCAUACAAAGCAUCUUUGAGAUAUAAAAAAAGUCCUGAACGUGAAAAAGUAUUCUUUUGCAUUGUAUUAAUUAGCAAUGUAAUACACGGAUUUUAUACCCUCGAUUUAUACAAAGUAUUUGUUCCAUAUUAGAUUUCUUAUGCGAUUAAGGAUUGCAUGAAUAAAAUCUAUCAAUACAAAAAAUACUAUACAAUACUAUACUAAAUAAUAUUAAAAAUAUUAUAUAAAACAAAAAAUAAUAUAGAAAGUCUCAAGAUUUUUGUCAUUAGUUUUUAUGCAUUAAUACGUGAAAUAAAUAUUUUUACAACAUGAUUUUUCUCUUAUAUAUUUUUUGUAUUGAUAAUUUAUUGUAUCGGUAAUUCUUUUUUUUUAAUAAAUUAAAAUUUUAUUUGUUGUAGCUAUUAAUAUUGUAUUCCAAAGCAACCAACCGAUAUAAUAAAUACAAUCAAGUAAGAACUUUUUGUUCACCGAUAUAGAAUAUAUAAUUUCAAUAAGACCAUAUCACAGAAAGAUACAUUUUUCGAUCGUGUAAAAGAGCUCGUGUACAAAAAGUACCGCGUAAAUCGAGGGACCAGUAUACUUUCUUCUUCGCUUUUAACACGCUAAGAGAAAAAAAAGUUACGACGUAUUAAUUGUCGGAGAGUUUAGGUUCAGUCUUGCGCUUCUGCGAACCCUUCAGCUGUUCAUCGACUGUUAUUCUUGUAAACUGUUUGUUAGCCGUGAGCUCAUCAAAAUGGUGAUUCAUUUCGACAGAUUAAAUCUGCGGGACAACGAGAGCCAGUAUUUGUGGUGCCAUUGUUAGUCGAGCGACGCUUCUUUCUUCGCGAUAAUGUGAAGAAGGUUCUUUCGAGAUCACGCAUACUUAACUGAUCGAUUGUAUUUUCAACUCGUGCACUUUGAAUUCAAAGAUUCCUCUUCAAGAAAAACAUCAGAAGUAGGCAAACACAGAAUAUAUAAAUGCAUUUAAACUAUUUCUCAGUCUCCCUAGAUUUGAAAUCAUAGUCACUAACUGUCUCAUUAUUAUUAUGAUAAAUUAUUACUCACAUUUUUAUUUAAAAAAAAGAAAAUCAAUAAUAAUAAAAAUAUAAUAAGGCCAAUAACGAGCAAACUAAUUUGGGUGUAAUUAUUAAACUUUACUGCAAUUGGUUAAUUAUUCAUCCACAGUUACAUGUUUUAACUUAAGUUUUCUUCAGCUGUCUUACAUUUAAAUAGAACUUCAACUUAUACAUUAUUCGAUAAUAAAAGGAACAAUCAUGUAAAUAUAGAAUCAAUCUUCAUAUCACAAUAUUACAAACAUAAAAUAAUAAAUAAUUUUAAUAAAUAAAUUAUAUAAAUGUUAUCCAGGUUAGAGAAGAUAAAAAUAAAACGGUACACGAAAUCAAAUUAUGAAAAAUGUCAAAAAUUUAAUGUUAAAAAUAUUUAUCUAUUUUUUUUUUAAUUCUAAAAAGUCUAAAAAAAUUUAAAGGAGUAAGGUAAAAAGUCUUCUUAAAUACAAUAUUUUUAGUAAUGCCAAACUUUAAAUGUACUAAAUGGAAUAUUAUCCAGAGACACAUAGAUGUAUCAAGACAGAAGUUUUCGAAUCUAAAGACCGUGGUUAACGAGGAAAGCUAUGCGAUACGAAGCACGAACCGAUCUUAUGAAAAACUCGAGCUUAGAUCUGCGUUAACGUCUUAACGUGUUAAUGUCUCGGCCGCUGCUUGACUUCGCGGCAGACGGAACAUGUGCGAAUUCUUGGUCUAGGUACGUCAUAUAUCUGCCGCGUACAGAAAUAUGUAUUAUUUGUCUACAUUGCGAUGCUAACGGAGCUAAAAGAAGAUCUCCCUUAGAAAUGAAUAGAAGACUUCCAUUGAUAAUGACUAAUUUCUUAUCACAAUAAAUUCGGAAUGCAACAUUUGUAGUGCAUAGAUUACUUGUUAACUGAUGCGACAAUUGAUGCAACGAUGCUUUAACUUAUAGAAAAUUCGUUCACUAAAAAUACUUCUUUUCUUAUUGAUGGAUUAAAUUUUAGCAAUCCAUUCAAAUGCAUAAAAAGUAUCUGUACCUAAUAUGCCCCCCCCCUAAGCUUUGGAGAUUUUUCUCAUUUUUUGAUGAAUACAAAAUUAAAGGGUUAAAUACAUAUAUAUCUAAUGUGCCCCGGCUAUGUAUUUUUCUCUUUUUUUAUAAAUAUUUAAAAAAAAAUGCGAAAUAACAGAAUCAAAAUGUCUAAUUAAGCACUUAUUAACAUACUAAUAGAAAAAAUUACACAUGCAGCUAUUUAUUAAAUAAUAAAACUGUGUUUGUUUACUACAAGGAGCGUUAUCUUAACUUUUACCUGUCAAAAAGGUUCAACUAACUAGAAAAAGACAAGAAAUACUAAUCAAAAAUUAAAUAUUAAAUAAAAAAACAGAAUUUUAACUUUCUCGUAUAUUAAUAAGAUAUAUUAUGAUUUUUAGCAGUGUCCCUGACCAUAAUGGUUUCACAAUACAAAGAGCUUUUUUUCUUUAAUUAUAAACAAGACGUUUUAAUAAAAACCUAAAAUAAGUACAAUGUUGAAAGUCCUAAAUAAAGAGCUACAAUAAUAUGAAUUGUGGAUAUUUAUAAUUGUUACAUGAUCGUUACACAAAGCAAAAACUCACCUCUGAAAUUUUAGAUUCAGAAGAACACAAUUUGAAUAAAGUGUGAUUACGAGCCGUAGAGAGAAGAUAUAGUGCAGUUAACCAGCAUAAAUACAUCAUAUCGACUUCCUGAGCGAUAUAUUAGCGUUAUCUAUGAAAUUCAUUGUGUAAUUAUUUGAAAAUGGAGGGUGAGCCAAAUUGGGUACAUGGCCAUAUUGGAUCAAACGUACAUAGCGACAGCAAGAUCCUUGCAAUUGGAUCAAGAAGCAGGAAAGUAUUUUCUUUUCUCUCUCAGAGAAAAGCAAUGCGGAGGCCUCCAAGGCGCAUAGAUCACGAUGAUGAGCCGUAACGAGUGCGUGUCGAGCGAGCGGCCGUACGCACGUACGCACAUGGGCGCAUGGGGUACGACCGCACGUCCGUACGACAGGAGCCGCGAGCCGUGCGCGCUCGCUCGCUCGCUCGCGCCCGCUCGAUCGGCCGAGCGAGUUGGAGGUCGGAGGUGUAUAUUGGCCAUUUCCGCAGGAUGCCCUAGGUAACCUGUAACCGCCAUUGAGUUUCCAACUGAACGUGCCACGGAUCUGCGCUAUCGUCUCAUAACACACGAUGCGUGGCCUGCGCUCUGGAUCUGCUCCAUCACAACUGCUCGCGCCCCCGAAACGCUAAUUCUCAUUGAUCCCUCCCCCCCCUCCGCUUCCCGAUCCCGACCUUUUCACCAAGGCUCGCAGGAACGAGCGGCGAUUAAUUUCUCCCGGUCAACGGAGAUCAGUCCAUUCUUGGAUUUAGGGAACAGCGUCCGUUUUAGAAGAAUCUUUCAUCGGAAGAAAUGAAACUUAAGAUGUUUAUUAAUAGGACUGCAAAAAUAAAAGAACCCUUUAGAUAGACUAAUGCAAUAAAAUUAAAUAUUUUUAACUACUCUAUCAAUAUAUGCAUGAUGUUAUAAUUUUAUAUAAGUUUGUUUAAAUAAAUUUAUUUAAUUAUGUUAAGUGAUAUAAAACUAGAUUAAUUUUGCUUGAAACUGAAACAACUUUUCGAAUUCAUUUUAAUACGGAAUUACGUGUGACAAAGUUAUGCUAAUUGUGAGUGGGGAAAGGGAUUGGCGAUACAAUUGGCUGGCUAAUUCGCGGCGAUCGUUUUGUUUUGCAUGCAAUGCAAUUGCCAGUUGAAAAGAGCGGCUUUUAGGCGCGAGUCGUCUAGACAGCUCUAGUCCAGAUCCACCCUGCUUUACUCGAUACACCAUAAUUCGGGUCUAUUAGACCCAAUAAAGUGUAUCAGAGAGGAGGAAUGCGUCCCGAGUCCAGUGAUAAAUGCGAUGUCCGUUGGGCCGUUCGCGCGCGAGUGUGCACGACGCAUGUGGGGUGCGGCGUAAAAUUAAAUCCCAUGUACUCGUGGAAAUAUAUUGAUUACCUCUGGGAAAGUCCACAACAAAAACAAGAAGCAAUAAAUUCCGGCAAUUAUAAACCUGGUUCAGCCCUUUUCGAGUACGUAGAUGAAGCACCAGAUGGUAGAAUAUUUCUUACUGGAGACAGACGUAAAGAAGUACCGGUUAGUAUCAUAACAGUAAGUAACGAAAAAGGUGAAGGCGGUUUGCUUUUGCGCCCAUACCCGGAUUGGUCUUGGCAUACAAACAAAAAAUGUGAAGGCAUUACAGGUGCCUAUGGAAUAGAUAUUAAAUGCAAUCACAUCUUUGUUAUGGAUUCCGGCUAUAUUGAAGAGGAACAGGUUUGUCCUCCGCAAGUACUGAUUUUCGACUUAUCAACUGAUCAGCUGGUUAAACGUAUUAUCAUCCCGUCUAAUGUCGCUAUAAACAGAAAUGGUAUUAAUGGAACUUUUACAACAAUUCAUGCUGUCGCUUCGCAUUGUAAUCAUAUAAAAGAUAACGCAAUUUUACUCAUAGCUGACGGAGUGGAGAACGGUUUAGUGGUGUAUAACCCACAUAUUUCGAAAUUCUGCAGAAUUGAAAGUGAAUUUAUGAAACCGACUAAUGCAACUUUUACCAUAGAAAAUAUAACUUUUAAUUUUGCGGAAGGUAUCACACAUUUGGCGACUACUGAUAAAGAUUUAUAUUAUGCUGCAUUCUCAGCAGACAAGUUGUAUAGGAUCGAAAUUUCGAAGCUAAUAGACUGUUCAUUAAGUGACAGAGAAGCGAGUGAAAUAACUCAACUGGUGGGUACUUUAUCAGGUCAGACAGGACCAAUCGCAUUUGAAGAAUGUGCAAUAAUUUUCAGCAAUCAGCCGGCAACGUCUAUUAUGUGUGCAGAUGCCACUAAAUUUAUUGAUUUCAAUAAUAUGGAAGUCGUUGUUCAAAAUCCCGAAGAAUUGCAAUGUAUAGCGGGAACAAAAAUAAUAAAUAAAUCGCAUUUUAAAAGAAUGCUAAUCUUGACAACUCGUUGCCAUCGUUACAUGACUACUGGUUACAAUCUAAAUGAGACAAAUCACCGCAUUUUUUCGAUAAAUAUGACGGAAAUACGAAAAGCAAAUAAAAAUUGUUUUGCUUCUUGUAAUUAAGAAAACUUAUAAUACAU